UCCAUCCUCCUCCUCCUUUUCUGUUCCUCAGUUCACGCUUUCAGUUCCGAGAGAUCGAUUCCGCAAAAUGUCUUCCCUCACCCGCGUACCCCCACGCGCCGCCGCUCCUAUCCCGCUCUACGGACGGAAUUACGCGCUUGUUUCCACGACAAUGGCGAUUAGCCGAUCGAAUCAGGGGCUGGGACGGAGGAGAGUAAGUCUCAAGGUCGUUAGGGUUUUGAGCGAUGGAGAUUCGUACCUUGAUAUGUGGAAGAAGGCUAAGGAUCGGGAGAGGAAGGAAGUCGAGUUCCAGCGACUUGCCGGGGAUUUGGCUGACGGUGCUGCUGAUGACGAUAAUGAGGUUCGUGAUGUUGAGAUUUUGGAGGAGAAGAGCGAGGAGUUUAAGAAGAUUCUGAAUGUUGACAAGGAGGAGAGGGAUCGGGUUCAGAGAAUGCAGGUGGUUGAUCGUGCCGCGGCUGCCAUUGCAGCUGCUCGAGCCAUUCUCAAGAAGACUGUUGCUUCGGUGAAAGAGGAUACAGAGAGCGGAACUGCUAAAACAAACAACCUUCAAGAAGGAGCAGGAACAGGAAGUAGCUUUGUUUCUAGGUCUGGAACUUCUAAAGAUGGAACACCAGGUCCAGACUUUUGGUCUUGGACACCACCUCCAGCUAGUGCUGGGAAUUCAGAUGAUGCUGAUGACUUGCAGAUGGCUAGAAAACCUUCAGUGUAUCAAGCUCCGAGCAACCCAGUAUUGGAGAAAGAUCGAUCUGCAGACAUUCUCACUAUUCCAUUUGAAAGUACCAACCGCAACCUUAUUCUUCCACCUUUUCAGUCACUGAUUGAGGUUAAUAAAGCUGAAGUUGAUAAGGUGGAAGUUCACCUGCCAACUGUAGAUAAGGUUUCAUCGAAAGAGGAACAUGACCUUGGUGUUGAGUUUUCUGCACAUGCAGCAGAGGCAGCACGAGCUCUUCAGAAGGCAGACUUAUCAUCACCCAGUGGAGUAAAUCCAGAUGGAUUGAGAUGGUGGAGGGAAACUGGGAUUGAGCAAAGACCUGAUGGUGUGAUUUGCAGGUGGACAAUGACCAGAGGCGUUAGUGCUGAUCAAUCUGUUGAGUGGCAGGAAAAGUACUGGGAGGCUUCUGAUGAAUUUGAUUAUAAGGAACUAGGUUCUGAGAAAUCAGGACGUGAUGCACAUGGAAAUGUUUGGUGUGAAUUUUGGAGAGAAUCAAUGCUGCAGCAAUGUGGGCUUGUGCACCUUGAGAAGACUGCUGACAAAUGGGGAAAGAAUGGAAAAGGUGAUGAGUGGCAAGAGAAAUGGUGGGAGCAUUAUGAUGCCUCUGGUCAAGCUGAAAAAUGGGCCCACAAAUGGUGCAGUAUCGACCCUAACACACCCCUUGAGGCUGGUCAUGCCCAUGUUUGGCAUGAAAGGUGGGGUGAGAAGUAUGAUGGACAUGGCGGCAGCAUCAAGUACACUGACAAAUGGGCAGAGCGCUCUGAGGGUGAUGGUUGGACGAAAUGGGGUGACAAGUGGGAUGAACAUUUUGAUCCAAAUGGUCACGGGGUAAAGCAGGGGGAGACAUGGUGGCAAGGCAAUUAUGGGGAGAGGUGGAAUCGCACUUGGGGUGAGGGACACAACGGUUCAGGAUGGGUUCACAAGUAUGGGAAGAGCAGCAGCGGGGAGCACUGGGACACUCACAUAGAGCAAGAAACUUGGUACGAGAGGUUCCCACACUAUGGCUUUUACCACUGCUUCGACAACGCAGCACAGCUACGGGAAGUUAAGAAGCCAUCAGAGAUGUCAGAGGUCCUUGCUGAGGUGAAUGAAGAAAGUAAUAACUAAUACAUAGGUUUUAUUUCCCCUUUUCUUUUAGUUAUAAAUGCUUUACAUGGCUGAUCCUUCAUCAUAAAGAUAUGAACUAAUAAAGAGUUAAGCGGACAAAAUGGUCGGAUCCCAUUUCUCGGAGAUUCAUAGUUGGAUGCUUGUGUCGUCCAUAGCCAGUAUAUGAUAAAUCUUGAAGAUGAGCUUCCUUUGCAGUACAUGUUUGAUUUUGAUUACAUCUCUAAAUAGACAGUUGUAUAUAUUCUUGGAACAUGACAGCUAAAUAAAUAGAUUUCCUCCUC